ACUUGUACGCGUUGGACGCCCCCGAGAAACAGCCGUGAGACGCCGUGGAAAAUCCGGAUUUCGGAAUCAGCCGCCGCCGCCGCCGUGUCCUCUCCUGCGUGGCCUGCCUCCGCUUCAGAGCAGGUUCUUUUUCCGUUUUUUCUUUUCUUCUGUGGAUGGUACAGUGGCCACUCGGACGGAACAGGUUGUCCCAGGGAACGUCGGCGAAAGGGAAAUGGUGACCGGAAGAACCCAAAUAGCUAAAUAAUUUAAAGUGUGGCAAAACAACAACCGUAGAGAAACCACGUAGAACCAAGAAGUAGAUUCGAUGCCACACACAGCAAAAAGUUGCGAAUCUUUGUGAUUGUGUGAUUUGAAUGCAAAGCGAACAGCAAGAAGGUGUGUUUUGAAAAGUACGAAGGAAAACGAGAGUGAACGACAGAGGGGGAGAGAAAGAGAGUGUAAGAAAAUCAAAUAUAGUUAGUGAAAAUAAAAUAAGAUAAGCCGAAGAGGAUAAAAAAAAGGAAAAAGUUCAUCCCAAAGUGUAAAGAGAAGAUAAUCAAAUAUUUAUAAAACGUUGCAAAAAUAUUUUCCCGCGUGGUUUUUCCCCUGGCUGCGACAGAUCCUGAUCCCGGUGUGUAUGUGUGUGUGCAUUGUAAAGAAUAAGAAAGAGAGUGAGAAAGGCAGAAAGUGAAGAAAAUCUGUGGUCCUUCGAGGAAAUUACGCAUGAGAUUAAAAGUUGCGAGAGUGGACGGGGAAAAAAAGAAAGUGUAAAGUGGUUUUGGCCCCAGUCAAAGAGUGGCACCCGAGCGGGGAAAAAAUAAGAAUAAAAAAUUUAAUACCCGAGGAAAAGUUCCGCUCUGGUCACCGGGCACCGACCGACGACGACAAUAUUGUCGACGGCGAGGUGAGGAAAUAACAGUCAACAGCAGCAGCAGCAACAAGAGCAUCAAAAUAUAAUCACCCAAGGAUUCUUCGUUGACGGAAGCGGAAGCGGAAACCUAUCAAAAUAUUGACCACUGAAUGCAGCAGCAGCCGCAGAUUCUAGGAAUUAGGAGAGGAAUUUAUUUGCUUUGGACUUUGGAGCAAACUGAGAGGAUAGACUGUCGUACAAGGGACAGUAUGAAGUCCACCAGACAACGGACUUGAAUAAAUAAUCGGAUAAAAACGCUGUCAACUCAACGAGAAGUGCAUUGGAUAGAACAGCAGACGACAGAAUAACAAAAAACACAGUGUCCAGUCCAAACAAACGAGGGAAAAUCCUCUGCACACGGUGUGAAAAGUGUGGAAAACAACGCAAAGAAAAACCCAUCAAAGCUUGUUGGUUGGUUCAACUCCAGUGAGAUCGCCGGGGAUCAGUUCGCCGAACCAUUGACACCGGGCACACCUACACCCACACAGCCACGUACUAGUGACACGUGUACGUACACAUACAACGUCACCAGCAGCAGCAGAGACACCAUGUCCCGUUCGACACAGUCAUCAGGCAGCCAGAGGAGACACAGAUCAAGGUCAACCUCGCGAUAUGCAGACCUGGAAAAGCCAAAGAAGAAAAAGACACUCAGUUCCACCAGCCUAGUUUCUAUACCAAACACAAUAAAGUUAAGCAUGUUAAACAGCGGUUUAAUUUCGUUAGAUAAAGUAAAGUUAUCAGCCAGAGAUGAGAAGAACCCCCUGUCGCAGACGAUGCCGGACAAGCCGACCGAGCUGCGGCACUUUGGCAAGCUGUGCGAGCAGCGGCGCAAGUUCCCGAUCCUGUACAAGCUCGAAUUCCAGACCGCGGUCAAGGUGGAGACGAACACGUGCCGGCACGCGUCCCGCAAGGCGAACGCCCACAAAAACCAGAACCCCAAAUGCAUUCCAUACGACUACAACCGGGUCGUGCUCGACAAGUAUGAAAACAUCCCAGACACCGACUACGUCAACGCGUCCUAUGUCGAUAGCUUACUGAAACCCAAUGCAUACAUCGUAACGCAGGGACCAACCGAGGAGACAGUGUUAGACUUUUGGCGGAUGGUGUGGCAGGAAAACUGCAGCGCAAUUGUGAUGCUAACGAAAACUUUCGAUUUCACCAAAGUGAUGUGUGUUCAGUACUGGCCACCGAACCGGGAAAAGGAGGAAAUCUACGGCGACAUCCACAUCACGGUGCAGUCCGAGGAGGAGCUUGCUAAUUUUCACAUAAGAACGUUUAGGUUAUUCAAAGUGAACAAAGACACGAAAGCAGUCACGGAGGAGCGGCUCCUGCUGCAGUUCCACUACACCGAAUGGCAUUCACACACCUGCCCUUUCUCGAACGCGAUCCUCGAGUUCCGGCGAAGAGUCCGGUCCGUCGUGGGGACAAUCAUCAAGGCCAACAGCCAGGUCGGACCGAUGCUCGUGCACUGCAAUGACGGCGGAGGUCGGUCCGGAGUAUACCUGGCCAUCGAUGCAAACAUGGAACUGGCCGAAGAGGAGGACUCGUUCCACGUGUUUGGUUAUUUGAAAAAGCUUCGGCAAUCGCGGAAAGGCCUUAUAGAGAAUGUGGACCAAUACAAGUUCGUAUACGACACGCUGGAGGAGUUUGUGAUCUCCGGCAACUCGUGGUUUCCGGUGAAGGAGCUGUCGCAGCGGCUCAAGGAGAAGAGCGUCAAGGACAACGUGACCAAGAUGAACGCCUACCAGCGGGAGUACGCCCAGAUCUGCAAGCAGACGCCGCGCUUCACGAUCGGGGACUGCGCCGGCGGGCACCGCGGGGACAACCGCGACAAGAACCGAGAUGUGCUGUGUGUUCCACCUGACAACUUCCGUCCUUACCUUACCUCGUUUCAGGGAAAUUCAUUUACCGACUACAUUAACGCUGUAUUUGUAGAUGGCUACACGAAGCCUAGAGAGUAUAUCGUAACCGAGUGGCCCUUACAGAAGACCUGCGGUGAGUUUUGGUCACUAGUGUACGAUCACGAGUGCUCUGCGAUCGUCGUCCUCUGUCAACCACCUCAACUUUCGGUAAGAUCCGUCUUCUUCAACCGAACCAUGGCCAUCCCAAAACCUGCCACUUUUUUUCUCCUACAGCAACAAUAUCCUUCCUGCUGGCCCGAGGGUCGCCACUCGAAAAAGUACGGCCCCGUGUUCACGAUCGACCACAUCUCGCACAAUCACUACGCCAACAUCAAGUCCUGGAUCUUCCGGAUCAACAAGAAGGUUAUCUCGCUGACGGAGCUGAUGGCGGGCGUGAAGGCGCCGCCCAGAACGGUGCAGCUCUUCCAGCUGAUCUGCUGGCCGAUGGGGCACAAGGUGCCAACGUCGACGAACUCGCUCGUGGAACUGAUGAACAUGGUCGAACGGUGGAGGCAGAAAACCGACUACGGCCCAGUGUGCGUUGUGUCACCUGACGGUCGUAGCCGGGCGGGCGUGUACUGUGCGGCGAACGCUUGCAUCGAGCAGGUCAUCCAGCACGGCGAGGUGGACGUUUUUCAGGCCGUCAAAACGGUCCGGAGGCACCGGCCGCAACUGGUGGACAAUAUGACUGAGUAUAAGUACUGCUAUGAUCUAGUUUUACACUACGUCUUGCACUACUUAAAUAAAGACUUGAAAGAAAAGAAGUGAGAAUGCGAUUUACACGAUGAUCUGUGGUUUAUUGAAUUUGGCCGUGGCAAAAGCAUCCCGCUGACGCCCGAGUACUCAAAUUCGGAACUCUCCAAAGAACUAUCGAACGCAGGUCGUGUAAUCGUGGAAAAAUCAAUUAGAAAAAUACACCGAGGAGAGUCCUAUGACC